CUCAUGCACUGCUGAAUUUGGCUGGCCCGGAAUGGCAGAUACUUUUUGAAGUGUACAUUCGGAGCAAUAUACCGCUGGAGCCUACAGUUACUUGUUCUUAAUCUUUCUCCAGAGUCUCUAUCCAUAUCUGGACCUAAGAGCUCGCAGCCUCUGGGAGCCCGCACGCGUUCGACUUUACAGUGUUAUACUGUAUCGUGGUUAUGACACUCCUCACGAAUCGGCCCUCUCUGUCACGACGAGGAGGUACCAUCGUGUAUUCGAUGUGUCUCUUACUCGCGUUCGUCUUCACGCUGUCAUGGCUUCGGGAUCGGCCCUUGAAUCUGGCCAUCCCUCUACUCAGAACCCACGACGAAGCAAUCCUAAACACAAAUCCGGAUGACGCUCCCAGAAACCAUACGUCGACUUUGGAUCUACCAGUGGAGUAUCAACACGUCCCGGAGCACACGGAGUACUGCGCAGACCGAUACCAGAGGAACUACCUGGAGCAUCUGAGAGACUCUGCCGUCAGUUACUGCACCAACAAUACCUCGUCACAGCUACAUUGCUUUCACAGCAAGACGGUACCGGAGCGAACCGACACGUUCUGCUACGGCACGAACGCUGCUUUCAAUGCCACACAACACAAGUAUAGACUACCCUGCGCCAUGCGACAGCUCUCAGAAGAGGAAGUUGACGGAGGUGUGCCGCCUGUUGCCGAGUUCAUUGGGUACUGGUACAACACUGGCCCGAAGAAUGUGUUCGGCCAUGAGGUUCUUUUGCGUGAUGAGCAGACGCCCCAAGUCAAGUCCACAGGCCGUCGGAUAUCUGUUCUAGUGAAAAGAGAAGGAGGUGCCAACUUAUGGCAUUCGCUAAUGGAGAUCUUUGCUACCAGCCUGACACUAGACACACUUCGCAGCACAGUGAACCCCGAAACUGGUGCGGCCUUUCUCACCGAGGCCGACAGGAAUAACACGCAGGUCGUGUUCCUAGACGACGAUGAAGAUGGGCCCGCCGACGAGCUCUGGAAUAUGUUCUUCGCAACUAGGUCCACCAUCAGAUUGAAAAAUAUUACGGCCGACAAUGUCGGAGACAUCAUAGUUCCCCUAGCUGGUGGAGGCAAUCCAUUCUGGCAAGGAGACUGGGAGGCCAGACCAUGCGAGGACUCGGAACUGCUCCAAGUCUUCUCCGCCAGGGUCUUGGAGUUUUUGCAUAUCCAGACACCCGCAAGAGAAGGUAACGUCAGAGUGACCUGGGUGAAGCGUACUGGCUCACGACGUUUGAUCAACGAAGAGCAGCUCGUCGAGACAGCAAAAGCUAGAAUACCACAUAUUGAGCUGCAGGUAGUCGAUUUCGCCGAGAUUCCAUUCCGGGAUCAAGUCCAGCUCGUUAGGAAUACAGAUGUGCUGGUUGGUGUACACGGCGCUGGGCUUACGCAUGGAAUGUGGUUGCAGCCUGGUUCCGUCAUCGCAGAGAUCCUCCCUCUCACAUUAAACUACAAAGGCUUCCGAAACAUGGCGGCGCUUCUCGGACUAGACUACUUCUCAGUGCAUGGCACUGAACCAAAGCAGAAGUCCGCACCACGAGCGGAGUGGCAGAGCGGUGAUGUAGAGCUCGACGAAGAAAAGUUCGUAAGCCUGGUCGAGUCGGCUGUAAGAAGCACGUACAAGAAAGGCAUGCGUGACUUUGAUAUAGAUUGAUAUGAAUGUAUGAAUGUAUGAAUG